UUUAGUCAUCAUCUUCGCUUGCCUCCCACAUCGUUUAUCGGAGAAGUAUAAACUCUGUUUAUAUACCAUCGUAGUCACGAAGGUGAUUGUCCCUUCGGGGACAUCCGAUAAAAUUGGAACGAUACAGAGAAGAUUAGCAUGGCCCCUGCGCAAGGAUGACACGCACAAAUCGAGAAAUGUUCAAGUUCUGGAUGAGUAUCCGUUCGUAAUAGCUCCGCAAAUUAAUCGUAAUUCGAAUUUGAAACGACUCAGUUCUAAAAUAUUUAAAUCCUAAUUUUAGCAGAAGUUAAUCGAAUGUCGAGCUCAGUGCUGUAAAAGUUCAAAGCCCUAAUUCCCAAAUCUUGGUUCGACUCGCCGAUUAAGCCAAUUUUCCGGUUCAAAUCAAAGUAAACCGGAAUCUCCCAGUUUGGUUAUUCUGGUUUAGGAGAACCGCUUCCUCCUUCUAAGACCCUCUCUAAACCCCUUGGGCGUAUCCAUCUAAGUAAAAUUAGAGGAAGGUUCAGGUGCUUCAAUGGCUUUCUUUCUUAUUGAUCAGAUCUCACAAUACUAAUCACUGAAUCCGCCAAAUCUCAUCUCUCUUUGUUAAUUUCCAUGGCGAUCCUGCUCAAAUCAUUUCUCCAAAACCAGUCCUUUUCAAAGACUCUCCUCAAGCCUUCGACCAUUUGCAGAAACAUAGCUUCUUCAUCGGAACCUCACAAGAAGCCACUCUCUGUUGUAUUCGAAGAGGCCGUGGGACUGAGACCCAAAUCCGAAACGAGCGAAACCCAAGAAGAAGGGGGCGACGAGUUGAAGAGAAAGCUUUGGGAGUUAGAGAAGAAACUCAUAGAACUGAAGAACACAGAACCAGUGAUGAAGAAGAAGCUGAAGAAGGUUGUCGGGACAGUCCCAGAGCUGCAAACAGAGAAAAGUCGCAACCUUUACACGUUGUUUAAAGUCAACGAAGAGAAGAAGCAAGAGGAGGGACACGAUGUGGUUAGAGUUUACAAGGAGCUUCCUUUGGAGAUGGUUUCGUUUGUGAAGCUUCUGCAUAAAAAAGGGUAUUUGAACAAGGCUAAUUUCAUCAGUGGUGAGAAGCUGGAGCUGGGGAGUCUCGAUGAAGAGUACGCUAGAACUUUUGUUAAGUUUGCUGCUGAGAGAUUCGGAAAAGACUACCAGGAGAUAGCAAAGUGGUUAUCAGGUAGUGACCUGAAGAACAUUGUGCUAUUUGGCUGCCCAAGCUUGGAGAAAAGGGCGAUAUUCGCUGCUAAAACACUGCGCAAGUUUUUCGACAUCCAUGAGAACAAUGUGUGUGAGAAAUGUGUUUUAAAAGAGAAGUGCAAGUUUCCAAACCAGAGUGUAUGGGAUGGCAAGUCACAGAACUUACAUUUGUCUGUUGUGAUGAAAGUCAUCACACUAUAUCCAUUGGACUUGACUCAUCCAAAGCUUAAAGUUCCUCAAGAGGUCCAAGACUCAGUCUCAAGGUUGCUGACUGAGAUUCAGAACCUAAGCCGAACUAUCUGUACUCCUCUCUCAUGAGUUAAACCUUAUAAGGAAGAUUGCUUCCAGUAGACAUCAUCAACUGAGCAUUCUCACCUACUUCUAAUGUUAGUUUGCAACAACUGAAACUCUUAUGUUACUGAUCGGAAUGCUUAGUUUUAAUCUUUAGCUUGAAGAAGAUUAGAAGCA